AUGGGUGACAACGAGGAUCGGCCCAGCCGCGAGGUCAAGAACCAUAUUCUCUUCGAGAUCGCCACUGAAGUCGCCCACCGAGUCGGUGGUAUCUACUCGGUCAUCAAGUCGAAAGCUCCUGUCACAACUGCGGAAUAUGGCGACCGCUACACCCUCAUCGGUCCCCUCAACCAUAACUCGGCUGCGGUCGAGGUGGAAGAGCUAGAGCCCGCCAACCCGGAGCUGGCAAAAUCUAUCGAUGCCAUGAAGAGCCGCGGCAUUGGCAUCCUCUAUGGGCGUUGGCUGAUCGAAGGUGCUCCCCGCGUUCUGCUCAUCGACACCAAGACGGCAUAUCAGUACAUGGACGAGUGGAAAUCCGACCUGUGGAACUCUGCCGGCAUCCCGUCUCCCCCCAACGAUGAUGAGACAAACGAGGCCAUCGUUUUCGGAUACCUCGUGGCAUGGUUCCUUGGAGAGUAUGUCUGCCAUGAGAAGACGAGAGCCGUCAUUGCCCACUUCCACGAGUGGUUGGCCGGUGUGGCCCUGCCGCUUUGCAAGAAGCGCCGCAUCGACGUGACCACCAUCUUCACCACCCACGCUACUCUACUCGGUCGCUACCUCUGCGCUGGGUCCGUCGACUUUUACAACAACCUGCAAUGGUUCGAUGUCGACGCCGAGGCCGGCAAGCGCGGAAUCUACCACAGAUACUGCAUCGAGCGCGCUGCUGCACAUGCGUGUGACGUCUUCACCACGGUUUCUCACAUUACGGCUUUCGAGAGUGAACAUCUGCUAAAGCGCAAGCCUGAUGGUGUUUUGCCCAACGGUCUCAAUGUCACCAAGUUCUCUGCCAUGCACGAAUUCCAAAACUUGCACCAACAGUCCAAGGAGAAGAUCCACGACUUCGUCAGGGGCCACUUCUACGGCCACUACGAUUUUGUUCCCGAGGACACGCUCUACUUCUUCACGGCCGGUCGCUACGAGUUUAGGAAUAAGGGUGUGGACAUGUUUAUCGAGUCUCUGGCACGCCUGAACCACAGACUGAAGUCGGCUGGCAGCAAGACAACGGUCGUCGCCUUCAUCAUCAUGCCCGCGCAAACCACUUCGCUCACGGUCGAGGCCCUCAAGGGCCAGGCCGUUAUCAAGUCUCUGAGGGACACUGUCGAUGUCAUUGAGCGAGGAAUUGGUCGACGAAUCUACGAGAGGUCUCUCAAGUGGCACGAUGGCGACCCGAUGCCCGAUGAGAAGGAGCUGAUCACCAGUGCAGACAGAGUUCUGAUUCGACGUCGUCUGUUCGCCAUGAAGCGACAUGGCCUGCCGCCCAUUGUUACUCACAACAUGGUCAACGAUAACGAUGACCCGAUCCUAAACCAGAUUCGUCGGGUUCAGCUCUUCAACCACCCGACGGAUCGCGUCAAGAUUGUGUUCCACCCCGAGUUCUUGAACUCGGCCAACCCCGUCCUUCCCCUCGACUAUGACGACUUCGUCCGCGGUACCCACAUGGGCGUCUUUGCAUCGUACUACGAGCCCUGGGGUUACACCCCUGCCGAGUGUACCGUCAUGGGUGUUCCCAGCAUUACGACGAACCUUUCCGGAUUCGGUUGCUAUAUGGAGGAGUUGAUCGAGAACUCGAGCGACUAUGGUAUCUACAUCGUCGAUCGCCGCAACAAGGGAGUUGAUGACUCGGUCAACCAGCUCACGUCGCAUAUGUUCGACUUCUGCCAGAAGAGUCGCCGCCAACGUAUCAACCAGAGAAACAGAACCGAGCGUCUCAGUGAUCUGCUGGACUGGAAGAGGAUGGGCAUGGAGUACGUCAAGGCCCGGCAGCUGGCUCUCCGCCGCGCAUACCCCGCUUCCUUUGCAGGUGACGAGGAGGAAGACUUCAUCCCAGGUGUCGAGACCAAGAUCUCCCGGCCGUUCUCUGUACCAGGAUCUCCUCGUGACCGUAGCGGCAUGAUGACUCCUGGCGACUUUGCCAGUCUGCAGGAGGGCCGAGAAGGCCUGAGCACCGAGGACUAUGUAGCUUGGAAGCUUCCUGAGGAGGAAGACCCUGACGAGUACCCGUUCCCUCUGACGCUCCGCACGAAGAAGGUAUCUGGGCCUGCGAGUCCGCUAGAUGGCAUCCAGUUGAACGGCAACUAG